AUGGAGACCAGGCCUCCCGGGGAGAGGCAGCCCUCCCUGGCCCUAGCCACGGCGGAGGAGGCUGAAACCCACGACCCCAUCGGAACCAUCUUAGUCCAGGUCCAUGAAGACCUUUAUCAAUUAAAGGAGAAAUUAGCAAACUUCCCACUUGAGGAAAGAGGAGCAACUCUAGACAUUCAGAAUCUUGAAACAGCAAUCAAAAGGACUGAAAUGGGGUUACGAAUUCACAUUGAGAAGUAUUUAAAUGUUGUAAACCAUCACGUGUUAACGACUCCUAUUAGUGGUGAUAAGUUAUAUUCUUCCCACACUUCCGAAUGGUUGCUUCCAACUGUAAUUAAUCAGAAAUCAUUUAUUUUCCCUUUGGAAUCUGAGGGUAAACUUUGGCAACCCCAAAGACAGCAUAGUACAUCUCCACAUGCUUUGCCAAGGAUAAAGCAAAAGAUAGGGCUGGAUGUAAAAAUCAUGCAGGAUCCUGAGAACACCCAGCACAGAGCUGCAGUCCAUGCGCACUAUGGAGUCAGUAUGCCAUAUAUUAAUCAGAGAAAAGCACAUAAGGGCCUUAGACAUGGGGAGAGAAGAAGAAAUCUCUGAUACUGUUUGUGCUGAAUGACAUUUAGUUCCAGUUACACACCCCAAUGCAACACAUUAAAGGAUCUACAGAAAAUUUGACUUUGAUUUAUUUUGUUUUAAAUAAAAAGGGUUUCUUAAAAGGCUUGAAACAUGUAUCUGUUACAUGAAUUUUAAAAGAACGAUUAUGAAUGCAUAACAAAAUAGCCAAACAAAACAUUGCUUUGAAUUGCUGCGCAAAUAACUCUGAUUAUAACUGUUAUGACCUAGAAAAGAAUCAUAAAAACAUUUUUCUUUUUGGCAAGAUGUGAGUUGCUAUAGAAUUAUACCAGUUCCUUGGGCCCACUUUCCAAAUAAAUAAAUAUAUAAUGCAAUGUAAA